CGCCGCCGUCGCCGCCGGAGUCCUCGCCCCGCCGCGCUGCGCCCGGCUCGCGCUGCGCUAGCCGCUCCGCUUCCCACACCCCGCCGGGGACUGGCAGCUGCCGCCGCGCGUAGACCGCCACCGCGUCCGCCGGCGACCCUAACGCUCUCGGGGCCGGCGCCGCGCAGAUCACCCGCGGGGCGCGAGGCACCCGCGCGCCGCAGACCCCGCGCGGGCUGGAGCACCCGGCCGAGCGCGCCGCAGCGCCGUGGCCUCGCCAGAGCCGCGGACGGGCGCGCAGGGCGCCGGGGACUCUGUAGCCGAACCCGAGCGCCGCGAUGCGGAGCACCUCCUGCCGGAGAUCCGGGGCCUGGGACGCGCCGGCAGAGGUGUGAUCGGACCCCAGGCUAGCCACAAAGGGCACUUGGCCCCCAGGGCUGGGAGAGCGAGGGGAGAGCACAGCCACCCGCCUCGGCGGCCCGGGACUCGGCUCAACUCGCCGGAGAAUGCGCCCGAGGACGACUGGGCGCCUGAGCCUUGGUGCUUUCGACUGGCGAGCGCGAAUGGGGGUGCACUGGAGUAAGGCAGAGUGAUGCGGGGUGGCAACUCGCCUGGCACCGAGAUCGCCGCCGUGCCCUUCCCCGGACCCGGCGUCGCCCAGGAUGGCUGCCCCGAGCCAUGGGCCGCGGCGGAGCUAGCGCGGAGCGCCGGACCCUCGCCCCCCGAGUCCCGGAGCUGGCCCCGCGCGGGGCCACGCGUCCCACGGGCGCUGGUUCCUAAGGAGGACGACUGCACCAGCUUCUCCUUUCUCGCUUUCCUUCCCUUCCCUGCCCCGCACUCCUCCCCCUGCUCGCUGUUGUUGUGUGUCAGCACUUGGCUGGGGAGUUCUUGAACUUGCAGGGAAAGUAACUUGCGCUCCCCACUUUGCGCCGGUGCCUCUGCCCCAGCGGAUCCUGCCUCACCACCUCCGAGCCCCACCGCCCCUCCACUCCUCGGCCUUGCCGGACCCUGAGACGCUGUUCCCAGCGUGAAAAGAGAGACUGCGCGGCCGGCACCCGGGAGAAGGAGGAGGCAAAGAAAAGGAACGGACAUUCGGUCCUUGCGCCAGGUCCUUCGACCAGAGUUUUUCCAUGUGGACGCUCUUUCAAUGGACGUGUCCCCGCGUGCUUCUUAGACGGACUGCGGUCUCCUAAAGGUCGACCAUGGUGGCCGGGACCCGCUGUCUUCUAGCGUUGCUGCUUCCCCAGGUCCUCCUGGGCGGCGCGGCCGGCCUCGUUCCGGAGCUGGGCCGCAGGAAGUUCGCGGCGUCGUCGUCGGGCCGCCCCUCAUCCCAGCCCUCCGACGAGGUCCUGAGCGAGUUCGAGUUGCGGCUGCUCAGCAUGUUCGGCCUGAAGCAGAGACCCACCCCCAGCAGGGACGCCGUGGUGCCCCCCUACAUGCUAGACCUGUAUCGCAGGCACUCGGGUCAGCCGGGCGCACCCGCCCCAGACCACCGGCUGGAGAGGGCAGCCAGCCGAGCCAACACUGUGCGAAGCUUCCACCAUGAAGAAUCUUUGGAAGAACUACCAGAAACCAGUGGGAAAACAACCCGGCGAUUCUUCUUUAAUUUGAGUUCUAUCCCCACGGAGGAGUUUAUCACCUCAGCAGAGCUUCAGGUUUUUCGAGAACAGAUGCAAGAAGCUUUAGGAAACAAUAGCAGUUUCCAUCACCGAAUUAAUAUUUAUGAAAUCAUAAAACCUGCAACAGCCAACUCAAAAUUCCCCGUGACCAGACUUUUGGACACCAGGUUGGUGAAUGAGAAUGCGAGCAGGUGGGAGAGUUUCGACGUCACCCCCGCUGUGAUGCGGUGGACUGCACAGGGACACGCCAACCAUGGAUUCAUGGUGGAGGUGACCCAUUUGGAGGAGAAACAAGGUGUCUCCAAGAGACAUGUUAGGAUAAGCAGGUCUUUGCACCAAGAUGAACACAGCUGGUCACAGAUAAGGCCAUUGCUAGUAACUUUUGGCCAUGAUGGGAAAGGGCAUCCUCUCCACAAAAGAGAGAAACGUCAAGCAAAGCACAAACAGCGGAAACGCCUUAAAUCCAGCUGUAAGAGACACCCUUUGUACGUGGACUUCAGUGAUGUGGGGUGGAACGACUGGAUUGUGGCUCCCCCGGGGUAUCACGCCUUUUACUGCCAUGGAGAAUGCCCUUUUCCUCUGGCUGACCAUCUGAACUCCACUAAUCACGCCAUUGUUCAGACGUUGGUCAACUCUGUGAACUCUAAGAUUCCUAAGGCGUGCUGUGUCCCAACAGAACUCAGUGCUAUCUCCAUGCUGUACCUUGACGAAAAUGAAAAGGUUGUGUUAAAGAACUAUCAGGACAUGGUUGUGGAGGGUUGUGGGUGUCGCUAGUACAGCAAAAUUAAUUAAUUAAAUACAUAUAUAUAU